CUCCGGCGGGUCUGCGGCGCGGCCUGGCCCGUGGGGGCCGGGGUCCUUCCUUCCUUCUUUCACCCGAAAGCGCUUCACUGUGUGGCUUUCGCUCGGGCCGCGGGCGGCAGUCUUGCGUCGCUGCGCGGUGAGGGCGUCUGAGGAGGAGCGGCCUCUGGCGCUGCCGCAGUCCCCUCGUCCUUCCCCGCCGGCGCCCGCCUCAGCCCGGCCUGUGCGUCACCCUGAAGCUUCCAGACGGGCGGGCCUCAGAAAGAGGUGACGUGAGCUCUGUUCCCUACUGAGAAUUGAAAACUGUGAAUCUCAACUUGAAUCCAAAGCAUCUACUCCUGAGCAGGCUAUUUUGGAGGAAAAUUCACCCCAUGAUUCGCAAACGGACCUCGCCGCCUGGUGGAGAAGCCCCCGAGAGUCCCAGAGGCGAGGGAGCCUUGUGGCGGAGCCCGCAGCGUCCUCAGAGAGCGGGCCUGUCCCAAAGCGCAGCCCUGAAAACGCCGACAGCGUCCUCUGCCGGGCAUCCCCGGGCGCGGCACGGAUGUCGGCGAGCUUCUCCUUGCUCGCCCGGCCAGGAGCGCGCUCCAGCUGGAGAGACGGCUCCCGGUGGCUUAACUGCGGCAGGAGAGGCCUCUGGAGGAAGCGCCUGCAUCUGGACGAGAGGGCCGCUCUGACUGAAGAACGUGGGAAAGUUGUCGGGGCCCCUCACCCCUUAGGAGACAAGUUGAGACCCCCCCCCCCCCGGGAGCCAAGCUCUGUGCAGGGCCGGGAAGAGCCUGGAGCGCCGCGUCCCGUGCACGGAAGGAGCUGGGGCUGGACCCGAGGAUGCAGAUCAGGCCCGGGAUGGGAGAGAGGGAGACCCCUUCGGUUCCAGAGGACCAGCCAGCUCUCUGGGAGUCGCCUUGGACUUCAGGAUACACAGAGCUGAAGGCGGCUGUGCAGAUUCAGAGGGCGGCCAUGCCUGUGCCUGCGCUGGGCCUCCCCAACUGGUGGGGGGCCGGUGGUUCUGCUCUGCCUGCCCAGGACCCCAUGCGGCACCAGGAGGCCAGUGCAGAGGAAGCAGCCAUGACUCCUGGGGUGCUGACCGCCUGCCCACAGGAACUGGUCACCUUCGCAGAUGUGGCCGUGCUGUUCACUCCAGAAGAGUGGCUGUUUCUAGACUCUGCUCAGAGGAGCCUGUACAGAGACGUGAUGCUGGAGAACUAUAGGAACCUGGCCUCCGUGGGAGAUCAGCUGUGCACACCCAGCACCUUUGUUCAUUUGGAGCAAAGAGAGGAGCCGUGGACCACCGAGAGAGGACUGUGCCCAGGAGCCCGUCCAGAAUCUCAACUUCAACCGCAAGAUUCACUUGCUAACCACGAUAUUUCUGUGGAGAUUCCAUCCAUUGGCGCGCAGAGGGCGCGGGCUGUGGCUGGAGAGCAGCUUCAUAAACACGCCGAACUUGGGGCACCCCUUCCCGUCGAGCCGCUCUGUCCGUCCCAGAGGAUUCCUGCCGGCGGGGACCCGUGCGGAUGCCGUGGGCGUGGCGAGGCCUUCCUCCAGAUGGGCCUCAUGGCGCCGGAGAAGGCGGGGGGCGGGGACAAGGCCCUCGCCUGCGGCCAGUGUGCCAAGUCCUUUCGGUACAGCUCGGACCUCGCCCGGCACGCGCGCACGCACAGCGCGGAGAGGGGCUUCGCGUGCCGCGAGUGCGGGCGUGCCUUCAAGUGCCCGUCCAACCUGCGGCGCCAUGCGCGCGCGCACACCGGCGAGAAGCCCUUCGCGUGCGCCCAGUGCGGCAAGGCCUUCACGAGGAACUUCAACCUGCUGCUGCACCGCAGGAGCCACACGGGCGAGAAGCCCUAUGCGUGCCCGGCCUGCGGGAAGACCUUCAACCAGCCGUCGUCCCUGCGCAGCCAUGCGCGCACGCACACGGGCGAGAAGCCAUUCGCGUGUGCCCACUGUGGCAAGGCCUUCCGCGAGCCCUCGUCGCUGAAGACGCACCUGCGCACGCACACCAGGGAGAAGCCGUACGCGUGUGAGCAGUGCGGCAAGCCCUUCCGCACCAGCACGCACCUGAGCGUGCACCGGCGGGUCCACACGGGCGAGAAGCCCUACGGCUGCGCCACAUGCGGGCAGGUCCUGAGCCGCCUCUCCACGCUCCGGAGCCACAUGCGGACGCACACUGGGGAGAAGCCGUACGCGUGCCAGCAAUGCGGGCGCGCCUUCAGUGAGCCCUCGUCCCUCCGGAAGCACGUGCGCACCCACACGGGCCACAAGCCCUAUGCGUGCCAGCAGUGCGGGCGCGCCUUCGGCCAGUCCUCACACCUGACGGUGCACGGGAGGACGCACACCACGGGCAGACCCUAUGCGUGCACGCAGUGUGAGAAGGCCUUCCGGCACAGCUCCUCGCUGGCCGUGCACAGACGGGCUCACGCCGCCGCCAAGAAGACGUGAGCAGCGGGCCUGCCUGCCAGCGCCCCAUCCAUGCGUGCCCCUCGCCGUUAACUUCCAGUUUGUGAAAACAGAAGCAUUCGUCUCUCAGUGUUCGUUUAGCUACAUCGUAUGUUUCCAUGUCUAAUAUUUUCAGUUUGACUUAGUUCUAAAUAUUGUCUUAGUUUCUAUUAUCACUUAUUCUGUGACCCAUGAGUUAUUUGUAAUUAAAUUUUGUUUUAUUUUAUCAUUCUUUUUGCUGAGGAA